UGCUAUAUCUACAGUCCUGAAGGUAAACCUGUAUUGCAAGACGGGCUUCCAGAAGUUGCAGCUAGCUUGUUAGCUACCUAUGAUAGUGGUGAACUCCUAGGUGCCCUUGAAGAAGGCCAUGCUGGAUGGCAGAAGUGGGUAAAGAGCUUUGGUAAAUCAUUGAAACGCAAGGGAAAAUCUCUAUUCAUGCCUCUUCGGGUGUUGCUAACGGGAAAGCUUCAUGGCCCAGAUAUGGGGGCUAGUGUGCUUCUGCUCCACAAAGCUGGAUCAUCUAAUGUGGUAGCUGCUCAAGCUGGGUUUGUCACGUUGGAUGACAGGUUCAAAAUGUUGAGAGAAAUCAAAUGGGAAUCUUUUAACAGCGACCAAACUGUAUUGGAGUCUGCUGCAGCUGUAUCUAACUGAAGUUUCCAGUUGUUUUGUUUUUAUUUUUUUUUGUUGUCUCUAGACUCUACCCAAGUUGAGUUACACGUGAUGAUUAUUGAUAGUAGUUGGUCGGUUAAGUUGUGUUAUAUGUAAUACACGUUUGAAGUCGAACUCAUUCCUAUGUGAUAUACACGUUUGAUUUGACUGUAGUUUGUUUUGAGCAAGCGCAAGUGCAAACAUUUUGAAAUGGCGUAGGGCAUAGGGAAUUGGACAGCUGUUGGUAAUUACAGAUGUCGACUUCUUGUAUUGUAUUACACAAAAUUACAUUCGUAUUCCUGGAAAACUCUUUAUGCCACUCUUUUGUUUUUAUUGUAUGUAUUGUUUCGGGAAGUAUAUUUAUAUUUUA